AUCCUGCCGUUCUCCCGCCCUCUUAUUGUCUCUGCCAAGACCCUUCAAUAUCUACCAAGACCUUUCAACAUCUGCAUCUCCGCGAUCCAUCACCUUAAUCGUCGCUUUCUCGAUCCCACGCAUUGACACUCGUCGUCAUCAACAUCUACAAACCUUUCUUCGAAUAUCCAACUUGACCAAUACAGCUUCAAACUUCCUCUUCCCGCAAACAUGUCCAACCAAAACUAUUAUGGCGGUGGUGCCCCUAAUCACCAACAGCCAUACGGCCAACCUCAAUACCCCCAACAAUCCUAUGGCCCGCCACAGGGCGGCGGCUACUACCAACAGCCACCUCCAAUGCAAGGCCCACCCCAACAACAAUACCAGCAGGGUCCCCCCCCCAAUAAAAGCAGCGGUGGCGGCGCAGGAAAGGGUUGCUUGGCGGGUCUGUUCGCCGCGCUCUGCUGUUGCUGCGUGUGUGAGGAGGGAUGCGAGGCGUGCGCUGACUGCGCCGAGUGCGCCGAGGGAUGCUGCUAAAUAAUACACUAUGAUCGAGUGGGCGAGCGAUGAUGGAGCUGCGGAUCUGGUUAUGUGAGGGCUGGCUGGGAAGUGGUGGGCCGCCUUGGGUUGUAUAUGUAUUUGACGCGGGGGAACUUGUAAAAGGAGGGGGGAGGCUGUGGAGUUUCAGUUAUUGCGCGCGAUUCGUUGGUUCGGACGGCGAAUUGGUCUGAGCAUAAACCUUCAUUUAUCAUUUCUUUAUGUCGAGACGUCUAAUUGAAUUGCAUGGCGAUUUUAAAU